GGGACAUCCGGCCUCCGCUGCUUCCCUCCUCCUGCCCAGCCGGCCCGAACCGCGGCGUCUGAAGCUCCGUCCUCGGUAAAGUCCAGCUGCUCCCUCUGGGCUGCUCCUCUCGGCCCGAGUCGAGUGCCCCGCUCCCCUCGCGGGGCCGCCUCCCAGACCCCUAGAGCUUUAUCUUGCCUAGCCUCGGAGUACAGCAGCCUGUACCCUUCCACGGGGCUCUGGGCCUAAAGCUGGACUUGCUUUCCCUGAGCUGUGACCAAGUGACUUCCCCAUCCCGUUAAAACUACCAUUUAACUGGGUCCUUUUCCCUGGAGUGGGGAGCAAAUCCCAUGUUCCCCCGGCCUCUCACCCCGCUGACAGCCCCGAAGGGCACCGAGACCCUGGGGCGGGCAUCAAGGAGGACUCCCCUGGCUUCGGGGAGGGGUCGGGGCGGGUUAGGGGGGCCACCCCUGCUUCUCCCCUCCAUGUUGAUGUUUGGAGUGAUAGUAGCCUCCAGUGGGCUGCUGCUCAUGAUUGAGAGAGGCAUUCUGGCUGAGAUGAAGCCUCCGCCCUUGCACCCCCACGGCAGAAUGGACCCUGUUUGGCGAGGGACUGCAGCCGGAGGCCCAGGGACGCUGCUGGACCCUGGGGACCCGGACCACCAGGUGCGACAAGACGUGCGGAAUCGUACCUUGCGGGCAGUGUGUGGGCAGCCGGGCAUGCCCCGGGAUCCCUGGGACCUCCCGGCGGGGCAGCGUCGCACUCUCUUCCGCCAUAUUCUGGUGAGUGACCAGUACCGCUUCCUCUACUGCUAUGUCCCCAAAGUGGCCUGCUCCAACUGGAAGCGCGUCCUCAAGGUCCUGGCCGGAGCUCUGGACAGUGUGGACGUGAGGCUCAAGAUGGACCACCGAAGUGACCUGGUGUUCCUGGCCGAUCUGCGCCCGGAGGAGAUCCGCUACCGCCUCCAGCACUACUUCAAAUUCCUGUUCGUUCGCGACCCGAUGGAACGCCUUCUCUCUGCCUACCGGAACAAAUUCGGGGAGAUCAGGGAGUACCAGCAGCGCUACGGCGCGGAGAUUGUCCGCCGCUACCGGGUGGGCGCGGGCCCCAGCCCCGCAGGCGACGACGUCACCUUCCCCGAGUUCCUCAGGUAUCUGGUGGACGAAGAGCCCGAGCGGAUGAACGAGCACUGGAUGCCAGUGUACCAGCUGUGCCAGCCCUGCGCCGUGCACUAUGACUUCGUGGGCUUCUACGAGCGGCUAGAGGCCGACGCCAACCGAGUGCUGGAGUGGGUGAGGGCGCCCCGGGCGGUCCGAUUUCCCUCCCGGCAGGCCUGGUACCGCCCCGCCAGUCCCGAGAGCCUGCACUACCACCUCUGCAACACCCCCAGGGCCUUGCUGCAGGAGCUGCUGCCCAAGUACAUCCUGGACUUCUCCCUCUUCGCCUACCCUUUGCCCAACGUCACCAGGGAGGCCUGUCGGCAGUGAACAUUCCCGCAGCGCCCGCGGCUACUGGGAGGGGCCCUCCGGCAGCCCCCAAAGCCAGCUACCGCUGGGAUCCAGAGGGCCUGCUCGGGACAAAGGGACCCGAGCUCCGGGGAACCGCGGGAUUACACUUCCUGUCAGCUGCGGCCGGACACCGGAGCCCAGGGAUGGGGCAUCCUGCAAGGGCUCCUUCUGAAGCUGUUGGACUCUCCCCCGCUGCCCACCCAGCCCGGGGAUGGUGCUCAGAUCCCAGCAGGCCAAAAUGCUGGUCUGUGGGCCCCCGGGGCCUCGGAGCGGGCAAGCUGGGCGAUUCUGGCCCCAGAAGCACCCCCAGAGGCACUGCUACUUUUGUUGGAGGCUGGGGGGCCAAGGAGCAGGGUUGGGGAAUAUAGAUUAUACCACCCAGUAUUAACUACAGGGACCUUUCCCUCAGUCCCUACCCCUUGCCAACGAAGAAAACUGGAUCACAUCUGAGAAAAGGUUUGGGCCCUCCCCCCACUAGGGGGAAAAUGGCAGAGUAAAUAGCGGGGGACUGAAAGAAUUGGAUUUAAAUUUGCCCGAGAUAUCUGCUAAUUUUGCUAGCUCUUUGGGCCUCCCUGACCUCUAAGGUCCCUUCCAGCGCCAAUCUAUGAGCCUGUGAAUGAAUGCCCCCUCUUCCCAGUAGCUGACAGCUGCCCACACCUGCUGCCCUUUUUCCCAUGACUAGAACUGGAGGUGCCAUUAAUCCCUUUAUUUAGGGCCAGCCAGAAAACCGUGCAAAGCACAAUGGCAGACCAUGGUAUUGACUGCCUUCCUCCAUCACCUCUGUACUGAGCUUUCUAAGUGCCUUCUAUGCCCUCUCAGAUGUCAGAUUCAAUAUAUUUUCUGUAUCAGCUGGGUUCUUCCCAUCUUCCAGAGGAAGAAACUGAGCUGUGAGAACUCAACUGGGCAGUCCGGUUCUGAGCAGGAAGAGAACCAGGUAAUCCCUGUUAAAAUUCUAUCUCCCAUCACUUUUUCUUUAUCUUUAGCCAAAGAAAAGGCCUCAAAAGGGCUGAGAGCCAUGUGAUUCAAUCAAAACAAAGUGGGAAAUUGGUGAGGGGGAGGUUAUCAUAUUCUUUAAUUUAGGGAGAGAAGAACUUUUUUUUUUAAAAAAGAAAAAUGUAUUUGCAUGUCCCUAUUCUGAUGAGUUUAUUUAAGAUUUGUACUUCUCAGUGCCAACCACUGUCUGCGUCAGACAUCCUCUCUGAGGGUUUUUCUAACAGCUGCAUUUUUAAUAAAGUUGUUCUGUCUGCAUAUGGCAGGGUUCCGA